AGCUCCGUCUAUUCUGACAGCCGCGUGAGAGCGUUUUGAGGUCCACGUCUUCGUUAACACUGGUCUCGUCAGACUUUGGUUUUGUCAGUCUGCCGGGUGGACGAUGGCGAGCUCCUUUGGAGCACGUGUGCCAUCGCAUAAUUCUUCAUCUUAUGCCCCUGGUGCUGUCCUCUGCGCUUAGGGGAGAAUCUGUCUAAGCGCCUUUCUUACUUGGCAGGGCCUCCUCGGUCUGACCCCGGCCGACCUCUUGACCUCUUGACUUCUUGGUUCUAAGACCCUUGGAAGGUUCAUCCCAUCUUCUGAACGUCCCAGCUUUCUUCUUGAUCCUUAACCUUGCUCUUUUUCAGAUUUAAAAUAGCUUCUCCUUCUCUCCCUUUUACUUUUUACUACGUCGCUGUGUUUGUGUCUGAAAUGAACACGGUCGUUACACAGCUCUUCACCAAUUCUUAAAAAUUUUUUUUUCCUGUAGAAGUAAAUCAGAAUGAGUUAUGCAGAAAAAUCCGAUGAAAUCACGAAAGAUGAGUGGAUGGAAAAACUCAAUAACUUACACGUCCAGCGAGCAGACAUGAAUCGUCUCAUCAUGAACUACCUGGUCACAGAGGGCUUUAAGGAAGCCGCGGAGAAGUUUCGCAUGGAAUCCGGGAUCGAGCCGAGUGUGGACCUGGAAACCCUCGACGAGCGAAUCAAAAUCCGCGAGAUGCUGCUGAAAGGCCAGAUCCAGGAGGCCAUCGCCCUGAUCAACAGCCUCCACCCGGAGCUGCUGGACACGAACCGCUAUCUAUACUUCCACCUGCAGCAACAGCACCUGAUCGAGCUGAUCCGCCAGCGGGAGACAGAGGCGGCGCUGGAGUUCGCGCAGACGCAGCUGGCGGAGCAGGGCGAGGAGAGCAGGGAGUGCCUGACGGAGAUGGAGCGCACGCUGGCGCUGCUGGCCUUCGACAACCCCGAGGAGUCGCCCUUCGGAGACCUGAGCAUGAUGCAGCGGCAGAAGGUGUGGAGCGAAGUGAACCAAGCUGUCCUCGAUUACGAAAACCGGGAGUCUACACCCAAGCUGGCAAAAUUACUGAAACUGCUCCUUUGGGCUCAGAAUGAGCUGGACCAGAAGAAAGUAAAAUAUCCCAAAAUGACGGACCUCAGUAAAGGUGUGAUCGAGGAGCCCAAGUAGGUCAGCGGGCGGCCCCGCGCGGCCGGCCCAGGACCUCCGGAGCGUGCGGCGGCGCAGGAGACGGCUCUUCCCCCCCUUACGAUUUUCGACUCGGCAUCUUCUUUUAAAGGGAAAAGCGACCCUGUUAAGGGCUGGACAGCUCGCAGAGGAAGAAGCGUCUCUGGAAGCCUGACGGCCGACUGCACGGUGGCGUCCUGCAGGCGGCGGUGGUGGCGGUGGCGCCCAGCGCGUGUGGCCUCCUGCUCCUGAGGGAUGUGUUGGCCACUGCGCGCCAGGCUGCUGGGGACACCAGUUAGCCUUCAGGCCUCCCACCCCGUCGAGAAGCACUGACCAUAGCUUUGCUUUCUGUCCGCUCGCAGGCAGGCGACACAGCUUCCUGACCCUCUCCGCCGCCUCAGGCCAUGGUGUAGAAGUUUCCCUCGCCUCCUCGGUGUCCCGUUUCUUUCGUUUUUCAUAGGAAAGACUAUAAAUUUGUAAACCCUGACUCAAAGACUUGCCGUGUGUGAGGAUAUCGAGUGUGAUUUCUUUUCCCUUUCUGUCUGGGCUGUGUGGCUUCUGGGGACGUGUGUGAGACGGGUGGGGCCGUGUUUUUUAAUUUUUCAAAUAUAUAUUUUGGUGCUGUA